AUGGAGUCGACGCCGAUAUGUCGGUGCCGCGUGCUUUACCUCGGCUCGGCAGUCCCGCAACAGAGCAAGGACGGUCUGCAGGGUAUCCAGGAGCCGCUACGCGAGCUCUACCCGGACAAGGGCGCGACGAGCGGCGGCAUUGACUCGUGGCUCUCGGUGUGGUCGAACGGUAUCCUGUUGGAAAAUAUUGACGAGAGUGGAUCUAGGGUAGCGCGCUUCUUUCCCAUUUCGAGUCUCCACUAUUGUGCGGCGGUGCGCCGGGUGACGGUGGAGGGUGCACCGCGGUUCCUGCCGCUGGACUCACCGUUCGCACGCGCCCCCGCACCGCGGCGUCCGCCGCUUUUUGCGGCUGUACUGCGUCGAACGCACGGGAUCAAAGUGUUGGAGUGUCACGCUUUUAUCUGCCGGCGUGAGGCUGCUGCAAAUGCUCUAGUGCGCUGUUGCUUCCACGCGUACGCAGAUAGUUCGUAUGCCAAGCGUUUGGAGGCCGAGCGCACUCCGUCACAGCUGCCUGAUCAGGACGAGGAGCUGGAAGUGUACGACGGUGACGAGAACCAUAAAGUGUGGGUCGGCGAAACUGAGCGUGAUGAUGCAAGUGAUGAAAUCCCGCACACAGCGCGAGCACCGCGACCCAGACAGAUUACGCGACCUGCAUCAGUGCCACCGCCACCACCUCCCCCUGAGGAGCCGAAGAAGAAGGCUACAACUAAAAAGACAAAGAAGAAAUCAUCAGCGUCCGCUGAUGAGUUAUAUGGUGGUCCCGCUGGAGUAAUGAAUGGUCGAUCACUGGGCCGAGUACCGCCGGCCUGGGCUGGCGGACACCCGCUAGUAUUGGUUGCGCAUCCUUCUGCUACGUUGCCGCACGCACGUCCCGCCACACUAGGGCACCGUGGGCGCGUCCCUGCAGCUUUGACCGCAGGUCCAUUCCCACCAGGUCCUCCAGGGCCCCCGGGGCCUCCAGGACCUGGUCGCGGACGUUUGCAGUACGCGACGGUGGAUCCGCGUCGUUCUAAGCCUCCGCCCGCCGCUCUGAAAGCUGCGCAGAGCAUGACAGGGCUGGAGGCGACUGACGACCCAGGUGGAAUCUAUAGGAAGAAAGGGCAUCUCAACGAGCGUGCUUUCUCGUACAGCAUUAGGCAAGAACACCGCAGUCGGUCGCAUGGCUCGCUCGCGAACUUAAAGUUCGCGGCUCCACCUGAGAGAUCUGACCUCUUUCUCGCUUGUUGUGAAACGAGUCCCUUGUGA